AAACGGAAGAAGAAGAAGCAGCUCACACGUGUGGUCCAAUAUGUCUGCUCGUCGUCCUGUUGUGUUUUGAGAUUGACACGAGUUGUUUUGAACACUAGUUUGUUGCCGUUUUAUAUAAUUAUUCAGUAAAGCGUCUCGAACGCAGUCUUAAACGUCAGGAUGGCUCAGAGGAAGAAGAAAGUGAUGAAGAAGAAGAGACACACCGCCAGCAGAGAGCCGGAGGCUGACUCUGACACUGGAGACUUUGAGCUGGCUGCUCAAAUUAAGGACGAUGAUUCUCCAGGGAGGAAAUUGCCGCGAUUCCCCGCCCAUUCUGACUGCCUGUCAGAUGUGGAGCCUGACACCAGGGAGCUGGUCAGAGCCCAAAACAAGAAGAAAAAGAAGUCUGGAGGAUUUCAGUCCAUGGGUCUCAGUUACCCUGUAUACAAGGGGGUCAUGAAGAAGGGUUACAAAGUCCCAACUCCAAUCCAAAGAAAGACUGUCCCGGUGAUUUUGGAUGGCAAGGAUGUGGUGGCUAUGGCUAGGACUGGCAGUGGUAAGACAGCCGCCUUCCUGAUCCCCAUGUUUGAGAAGCUGAAGGCCCCACAAGCCCAAACAGGAGCCAGAGCCCUCAUCCUGACCCCCACCAGAGAGUUGGCCUUGCAGACCAUGAAGUUCACGAAAGAGUUGGGAAAAUUCACCGGCCUCAAGACCGCCUUAAUCCUUGGUGGAGACAGAAUGGAGGAUCAGUUUGCUGCUCUUCAUGAAAACCCUGACAUAAUCAUUGGCACCCCCGGUCGUCUCAUGCACGUUGUCAAGGAAAUGAACCUGAAGUUGCACGGUGUGGAGUAUGUGGUGUUUGAUGAGGCUGACAGGUUGUUUGAAAUGGGUUUUGCUGAGCAGCUUCAGGAGAUCAUCAGGAGGCUUCCAGACACCAGACAGACUCUGCUGUUCUCUGCCACUCUGCCCAAACUGCUGGUGGAGUUCGCCAGAGCUGGGCUGACAGAACCAGUACUGAUUCGUUUGGAUGUGGAUUCUAAGCUCAGUGAUCAGAUUAAGCUGUCAUUCUUCCAUCUGCGACUGGAUGACAAGCCGGCCCUGCUGCUACAUCUCCUGAGGAACGUAGUGAAACCUCAGGAGCAGACGGUAGUCUUUGUUGCCACCAAACAUCAUGUAGAAUACCUCAAGGAGCUGCUGACUUCAGAAGGUGUGGAGUGUGCCUACAUAUACAGUGCCCUGGAUCAGACUGCCAGGAAGAUCAACAUUGGAAAAUUUGUGCAUCGGAAAGCCAUGGUGCUCAUUGUGACUGAUGUCGCUGCUCGUGGUAUAGACAUCCCCCUGCUGGACAAUGUCGUCAAUUACAACUUCCCCUCCAAGGCCAAGCUCUUCUUGCAUAGAGUUGGUCGUGUGGGACGUGCGGGGCGCAGCGGCACAACCUACAGUAUGGUUUGCACAGAUGAGAUGCCUUUUGUAUACGACCUUCACCUCUUCCUUGGAAGGCCCGUUCAGAUCGCCACACCUGAACACACACAAGAUGUAGACGGUGUGUUCGGGCGGGUCCCUCAGAGUAUCCUGGAUGAUGAAAGCUCAAAUCUGAUCGCAGCACACGACAACUCCCUAGACCUGCAAAACCUGCAUCGUGUCUCGGAGAACGCCUACAAGCAGUACCUCAAGUCUCGACCAAACCCCUCGCCAGAGUCCGUCAGACGAGUCAAAAACACAGAUCUGUCCAUCAUGGCUGUUCAUCCGUUACUGGGGUCGGGUUUGGAGAAAAUGGAACUAGACCGCCUUCAAAUAGUUGAUGCCAUCAAGGGCUACAAAUCCAAAUCGACUAUCUUUGAAAUCAACUCCAACAGUAAGACACAGGCCGGUGAGGUGAUGCGAGCCAAACGCUCCAAGGACUCGCGGUUGGUGGACAAAUUUAACAAGCAUAGAGAUAACCUGGCUGCAGAGAGCCUCCUGCAUCAGCCCAUCAACCUCUCCACCACCGAUGAGACCACACACACCGCAGGCCAGGAUGAUGACGCUCUAAAUGGGGUGUUCUCGGAGGUGGUCGGUGGAAAGAGGAAAGGCCGGCAGGAAGAUGGGGAACAAUCAAAGAGCAAGAAAAGCAGACAAACAGGCAAAGAUGAAGAGUUUUACAUCCCCUACAGACCUAAAGACUUCAACUCUGAGAGAGGGUUAAGUCUCGGCGGAGAGGGCAGUGCCUUCGACCAACAGGCCUCCACAGCUGUCCUGGACCUCAUGGGAGAUGAGGGAGACCGGUUCAACCAGCACAAAAAAAUGAUGAAAUGGGACCGCAAGAGGAAGCGCUUUGUCAGAGACACAGGAAAGGAAGACCAGAAGAAAAAGAUAAAAACAGACGGCGGCCAAGUCAUCCAGAACAAAAAGAACAAAAAGAACUUUUACGAGGAGUGGAAGAAAAAGUACAGGGUCGAUGACGGAGGAUCUGGCUCAGAUGGAGAAACGGGAAGAGGAGGAGGGAGGAAGCCAGGAGGUCGUGGUCGUGGUCAGCGAGGUCCUCAGUUCCAGAGCCCUGGACGAUCGCAGGUAACGCCAGGUGGCCGUAGAGUGCGCACAGAGCUGAAGACGAAUGAUCAAAUCCUGAAACAACGAAAGAAAAAUCAGAAGCACCAGUUCCUGCAGAGUGGCGGCCUGCAGAAACUCCGUGGCAAGAACAAACAGUUUCUCGGAGAUUUCAAGAAGUCAGGUUUUGGACGAGGCAACCAAAAGAAGGGCAAGAUGAGGAAGAGAAUGUGAGGAGGAUGGAUCACAGAGGGAUGAUGUUGUGACCACACGGGACUGAAUGAUGAAUACUUUUAUCAUCCCAGACCAUCUUAAAGAAUUUCAUGGUGCCUGUCAUGAUUAUGGAUUGAAGGAGAAGAGUUGAGGAAAGCAUUUCUAGACUUCGGUUUACCUUUUUCCUCAUUGCUUACCGAACUUUGUAUUUGACACAGAGUAUGUAUAAGAAUGAUCCAAUGAACUGGGUUUCCUUCUUUUAAGCGUGUUGGCAGAUUAACCUGUUUAAUUGUUUUUGAGUACUUAAAUAUGUCUGUACACAUUAUUAACUGAUGGUAAAAUACAGAUAUGAAUAAGGUCA